GCCCCGCGCGCGCCCCGCCUCGGCCCGGCAUGUCGGCGGCCGUGGCGUGCGUGGAUUACUUCGCCGCCGACGUGCUCAUGGCCAUCUCCUCGGGCGCCGUGGUGCACCGCGGGCGGCCCGGCCCCGGCCCCGGCCCCGAGGGCGCGGGUCCCGCCGUGGCCGCCGCCGCCGCCGCCGGCUUGGAGGUGCGCGCGCCCCGCCGCGAGGCCGGGCCCCCGGGGCCCUCAGGGCCGCCGCCGCCGCCUCCCCCGUCGUCGUCGUCGUCGUCUCCGUCUCCGUCGGCGGCGGCCGCGUCCCCCGCGCCCCACCUGCUGGCCGCCAGCAUCCUGGCCGACCUGCGCGGCGCCGCCGCCCCGGGGGCCGCCUCGCCCGCCUCGUCGUCCUCGGCCGCCUCGUCGCCCAUCGGCCGCGCCCCCGCGCCCGCCGCCGCCGCCGCCGCCAAGAGCCACCGCUGCCUUCCGGGCUGCGCCAAGGCCUACUACAAGUCGUCGCACCUCAAGUCGCACCUGCGGACGCACACCGGCGAGCGCCCCUUUGCUUGCGACUGGCCGGGCUGUGACAAGAAGUUCGCGCGCUCCGACGAGCUGGCGCGCCACCACCGGACGCACACUGGUGAGAAGCGCUUCCCCUGCCCGCUGUGCACCAAGCGCUUCACCCGCAGCGACCACCUCACCAAGCACGCGCGCCGGCACCCCGACUUCAGGCCCGAACUGCUGCGCCGUCCCGGAGCCCGCAGUGCCUCCCCAUGCGACUCUCUGCCCUGCAGCCGCACAGGCAGUCCCGCGCCCAGCCCCGCACCUAGCCCAGCCCCGACCCCGGUCCUGGCCCCUGCCGUUGCUGGCCUGUAGGGGCUUCCUGUGCCCCCCCACAGGCACCAAGCACUGGCCACCCUGUCCCCCCAGCGUGGAUGCCCAUCCUCCCUCCGAGGGCCUCCCUCUGAUGCAGACCCUGCCCUUCCCGAGCGCGCAGAGGUGUGGGGGGAGCCCCAGAACCUGCGCAGGUCAGCUGGGCACAAAGGGGGUCACAGGAGGGGACCCCCGCUCCAUGUAAAUAGCCAUGACCUAUGACCGUUAACUCUCCCCCCCUCCAUCUGUUCAAACUGGGGCCCCAGGUGGGGGGCCAGCGUUCCCCACCCCCUGCACCAAUGCCCUGCUUUGGGGGAUUGGGGAGGCAGAGGGCUAAGGUGCCCCUCCUGGUGCUGGGACUCGGGGCCCCACCCCUAGAAUCCUCCCUCUGGUUUGGGAUGAAGUGUGAAGAGCCAUAGAAGACAGACCAGAGGGUAGGCCCCUUUCACCCCCGUAUAACCCUUUCCUCCCACCCCAGUUUGGGGCCCCGAACCCCACUGAAAGCCAUUGGAGAAGUUCAGGGAUAAAGGGGUACGGCCAGGCCGUAUCCCCCCAUCGGGUACUCAAUCUCAGGUGUGUCCAUGCCCCUGGGAGGGCGGCCCAGCUCUCCCCCCUUUGAGAAGGGGGGUGCGCUGGCCUUGGGGGAGGGUUGGCCCCCCCUUGGUCCCGUGGCCUGGGGCCAACUUGGGGUGGCAAGGAGAGAGAAGGGGAUUCUUCCAAAGACUGUGGACUCCUUUGGGUCGGGGUGGGUCUCACUGGGGUUGACGGGGGUUAAUUUAUUUUCUUGUCUCUGCUGGCUGGCGGGGGGUCGCUUGCUGCCCCCCCCUUCCUGCGGGUGUGUGAAUGUGAGUGAGAGACGGGGGAGGGGUCCCCCACUUUGGCCUUCGGCAGCAUCUUGUGACAAUCAGUCCCACCCUCCAAAGGUGGGUGUCCUGGAUCCAUAACCUCCCCUUUUCCCAGAGUCCCACUUUUCUGGUUGUCUGGACUGAAUAGGAGUCUUGCCCUAAGCCAGUGGGAGCAGGGGGGGGUUCACCCCGAAUUCCCUGGGAUAGUUCGUUUUUUGGACCGGGUAGAAUAUUUUUUCAAGGGCCAAUCAAUCCCUGGUGGGGGGCCCACAUCCUCAGGGGGUGAGUGCGGGUGGGGGGGGGUUGUCUCAGUGCUCUGAACUAGGGGGGGAAACACCCCCCCCUCUGUGGCUCCAAUUGGGACUCCUCAGACCAAGGGACUGAGGACUCCAACCCUGGGUGGGGAAGGGCCCCAGGCCCCCUGUCUGUGCCCCACACUCACCCAAGAUAACAUUUGUUCUAGAACCUUUAUUUCUCCCAAUGGGGGGUUGGGGGGGACUGGUUGGGGCUGGAACGGAUUGGACCCCACCUGGCAGGAUCCAGGGAUGGGUGUCAAGGUCGGAGUGUCCUUUUGAAGGAGGGGGGGCUGUGGAGGAUGUUGGGGUCCCAGCUCAGUCCUCAGGACUGGUCCCUCUGUACCCUCAAGUCGCGCCUCUCCAGAAUUGUGAAAUGCCUUAGUGGGGGUCGGGGUGCAUGCAGGGUCCCCGGUUUCCUAUGUGUCUGGUGGUCCCUUGUCUGUGCCCUGCCGACCCCAGGGGGGACUGGCAAUCCUAGCCAGUCACCAGCCAUUUUGCUGUGGCCUCAAGAAGAGGGGGUGCCCAGAGACUGCUUUCCAGCCGCGCCCCCUCCCCCCUGCCCUGCCUGGAACCCACUCCUUGUAUUUAAUUAAAUGUCCUUUUUUAAACCCGA